CUGCAUGCUAGUGAUGGCACUGUCAGGCUCGAGUCAAUCGAGGCCAUACCCUCCUCCGAAUCGAUUCCUCUCUUUGCGGGCGGAGUCCGAAGCUCGACAUGGCCAAUGUCACGAUAUGAGUCUUUCGAGACCGACCCCAUCUACGGCGGAGAUGGGUAUGAGGAUGACGACGGAAACAAAAACGAGAGUGGAACAGGAGAGGCAGAGCCAGAAGCCAGCACUCCCGGACNNCAUCAGAGCCUCCCCAUCGACCCGCCUGAGGGAUACACUCCAUUGACUUUCCGACCCAAGAUCCUAACGCGACGAGUACUACUGGCUAUCGCCGCAUUCUACAUCGGCAUCUUUGGUCUACUUGGCUACCUCAUCUAUCGCUCCCGUUCCGGAAGCAUCUGGACUAUCCGCAAUGUCAAUUAUUAUCUAGCAGCACGCUAUCUACCAGCAAUCAUUGGUGUAUGCACCACCACAUUGUUCUCAUCUACUACGUUGACUUUGCGAAGGAUACUGCCAUUCAUACAUCUGGCCGAGCAGAAAAACACCAGGAAUAGACAUUGGGGAGAGCACACGGUAUGUGCGCGAUACUUCCCUCUUCGCAAAAAAACCGAUCGGAGAAUCUGGUUCCUGAUCUUUGGCAACUUCACUGUCCACUUCACGAUAGCGGCCAAGGCUACAUUAUUCAACGUCGAAGAUACUGGACGCGGCGUUUGGCUAGUCUCCGUUAGACUGACUGCUGCGGUGUUCCUGGCUUUCACGUAUCUGCUCUUCGCAUCGAUCAAUGUCUUCAUCGCAAUCAGAUACGCGUCUAGUAGUACUGGCCUGAAAGAGAAUUGGGACCCCACAUCCCUGGCCGAUAUCAUUUUGUUGUUCGCGCCAACAGACACUGUGCCGAAGCCAAGUCAUGGUCUGGACUACAUCAAAUGGUACAACAUGCUUUCGCGCUUGGGAGAAAAAUACAGGCUUGGUUACUGGAGGAUUACAAAUUCGCCUGAACCAACAUCAUCCAUCGUUUAUGGAAUACGAGAGAUGAAUCCUGACAGUCCGACGAACAACACGGCACACCUUCGACAGUUCAAUGAUUAUAUGAGACAGAAGGGCUCGUUAGACUCAUGCUGCCGCCCUCUUGACAAUCUGGGACGCCUUCCAGACCAAUCUUCUUCCCGCUGUCAACAUCAUCCUCGUUGCUCACACUAUCCUUAUCUAAGAGGUCCUUUUACCUAUGGGGCCUUUUGGCGUCUUCUGCAGAUAUGCCUCCUGCUCAUAGUUGUGGGUUGUCUCUCCUUUGCACUAAUCCGCAUCUGGUUUUUCAAGGGAAUUGUUCUCAACACUGGUUCAUGGAUCAUUCAGUCAAACGAUAUCACCCCGGUGCCCAACGGUACUGAAUUCGUUAGGCCGGGAGUCCCGGCUCCGCUGCACGUACCUGAUCUUUUCAGCCGUCACGACAAUGCUGCCAUGACCCGCGAUGCCUUGGCAUAUCUAUUAUUGAGAUUUUUGCCGAUCAGUAUCGUAGGUUGGGCCGGGGCAUCGAUCACGACAAUGGACAUACAUCAUCGCUGGGUGCAGCCUUUCACCAACAUGUACGAGAAAGCCAGCCCUGCCUCGGACAGUCUCUUACUGGACUAUAUGACCGUAUCACCACUGGCGGUCAUACCUCAAGCUUGGGCCAACGAACAUUACAGAGUUGUAUACUUUGGUGUGUUAAGUGCUCUCAACUGGGUCCCACCACUUAUAAUGACUGGUCUUUGUGCAAUCACUGAAACAGGCUCAGGAAUAGUCGUGCAACUCUCGCCCACAGCUGCCUGUUUCGCAAUCGUCUAUUCGAGCAUUUACAUAUACUCUUUGACGUCAUAUUGGCCUCCAGNNCCAAAAGGGAGACUGCCUAGGGAUGUUGGAAGUCUGUACGACUAUUUCUGCUUCUUCUACGACAGCCAGCUACGUUGGUUCCCCGAGUUUUGCCGCGCGGCUUUCAGCCCAGAUGUCACAAAGGACGAACUGCACUCGUCUUUGCGGCUUGCGAGGGGCGAGUUUCGCUUUGGCCUUGUGGGCGAUCCGCAAGACCUACAUCCUGGCUUCGAUCUUGCCAAGAACGUCAUCUGGGUUGCACCCAUACCUAGCAUCUGUCAGCGCAUCAAGAACUGGGUCAGAGGACUCGGAGAUAAGAGGGAUCAAAACAACAACGGAUCUAACUCCAACAGUGAAGGUGAUGCGGUUCCACUGCGUAACUUAGUUUAUGCUCCAAUCUCUGCUCAUUAUCGCGGUCCAAUGAUGAUGGAAACUCAUGCUUCAGCCGGUCACUCGACUGCGGUAGAU